GUGCAAUUUCCUUUGCCAGUGCCCCCCACCCUCCAGAGACUCGGGUUGGAGGCAAGAGAUGGAGAGGGGGUGCAUGAGGUGGGGAGGAAUGGCCCCUUAUCAGGAAGCUUCCCCUUGAUUUUCAGUAUCAGUUCUGCCACACUCCCUAGAGUUGUCACAGGCUCCAGUUCAUAUGAGGGUGAAUGCCUGGUCCUCCCAGUAUGUAGUAGCUGAUGGUGACAGGAAAUGCCAGGCUUGGGUCCCCUUCUGUUGAGUAGGCUGCUCUGCUGUUCCUCCAAUCCUGGGGUCCCUCCCCAGCUCACCUUUCUCUUUUUGUCUUAGUUCAGUUCUGGUGGCCUCUAAUUUACCACAUCUUUAUAGGAGGAGCAGAGAGACAAACUUGUGUCAUCCUGUCCAAACAGGAAGCUACUCAGGCACUGAUGAAAGCCUUCUGUUUUCUGGAAUGUCAGUGGUGUUGGCCAGGUGGUGGAGGUUGGCAGAACAGUGAAGACUUACGAAGGACUCAGCUAAGGCGAUGAGAGAGAGGCCAUAGGAAGAAGCAAGUUUUGUUGUUGUUGGCCAUGACACAGCUUGUGAGAUCUUAGUUCCCCCACAAGGGAUUGAACCUGGGCCACAGCAGUGAAAGCACUGAGUCCUAAUCACUGGGUCACUAGGGAAUUCCCUGGAGGAGGCAACUUAGAAACUCUUAGGAGGUGAGGAUGAAGAUGGGUGUGGAGAAAAGGGACAAAGAAGAGGAGCUCCCCAUCAGUGGAUAGAUGGACAGAUUUCCAGCGACUGAGAGGGAUGCAAGAUGCAGGGCUUAGAUUGGAACAUGAUGGGUCUGAUGCCUGGUGUGUUGGGGAGAUGCCCAGCAGGCAGCCCCUGGCUCCAUGGGCUCCGGGGUAGAGCCAACAGAAGAUUGAGGAUAGAGGAGCCUCCCCUACAACAAUGGCCGUUCUGAUUGCCUACCCCCGCCCCCGUCUAGCUCUGGGAUGGUGACAAUGUUCAACUGUCUCCCAGAGCCUGGCACGGGGCGGAUGCUCGGUGAAUCUGAGUGCGGGAGGGCCUGUGUGGAAGCAAGCGCGCAUCUCUGGAAAGCUCAGGGAGGGUUUGCAACCAUGGGGGUGUGGCAGGGACGUCUGCUGAGAAUGGAGGAAGGCAAGCUUCUCCAUCUUCCUUCCAUUGCCCAAGAGCUGAAGCAUGGGACAGCACUGAGCUGCGGGGAACCCCGGGGACCAGUCAACCGGAGGCUCCGCUGGGGCUGCUUUCCCUGAUGCGCUCCUGCCUGCCGGCUCUGGUUGCCAUAGAGCCAGGAGGCGGUUGCCACGGAGACCGACGUGCGAGGACCGACCAAUCAGUGAAGAGCUGCGGCGCCAGCUCACCUCUUGGAUGGAGGCACCGGGCUAGGAUGAGGACCCCUGCCCAGGCAGGGCCGGGUGUUCGAGCAGGGGGGCUGUGGCGCCGCCACCCCCAAAGCGCCGGUCCCCCAGAAUCCCCAACACCUUCCCCGGCCCCGCACCCCGAAUUCUGACGACCUUCUGCCUCUUCCCGACCCGACUAAUGGGUGAUACCUCCGACUGGCCCUGAGCCCCUCUCCCGUUAGUGGAGGGGAGGAGGGGGCCCAAGGGCUGGGAUGCUGCGGGAAAGGCGGGGCCGCGGACCGCGGGAGAAGAGUGCAGUCGGGGUGGGGUAUGGGGAGGGAGGGAGGGAGGCUGUCCCACCCCCUGCGCUCCCGGCACACCGCAGUGCCUGGCGCGCCCGCGCAAGCUCACUCGCUCAAUCGGGGCGCUGGGCGGGCGGGGCGGCGCUGACGUCACCCACUGACCCCUUUCACCCCCCGGCCGAGGGGCGGUGGCCGCGCAGGCUCCGCGGGACGGACUCACGGACAGACAGGGGACGGAAGGACGGGCGUACGGCCAGGCCAUGCCCGGGGAGGCUGCCCGCGCCGAGCUGCUGCUGCCGGAGGCGGGCGGGCCGGGACCCCGCACAGAUCUGUCCUGUGAUGCAGCUGAGGCUACCACCCCAAAGGGGGACCGACUGGAGCACUGUGCCCUGACAUCUGGGCCCAGCGCCCUGGCUCUCACGUUCCUGCACGGCAAGCCUGGUGCCCGGCCCCCACCUGAGGGAGCCAGCUGGGAUGCAGGGCCGGGCCGCGCCCCCUCAGCCUGGGCAGUCCAGGCAGAGGGCGGCCCCAGUCCAGGGCCUGCUGAGGUUCGGCCUACUGAAGGUCCUCUCCCAGCCUCCCUGGAGCCCCGGAUUGUCAUGGGCGAGGAGACAUGCCAGGCAGCCCCAUUGCCCAGGGCAACCAUGCCGGAGCUCAGGGACUGGGAGGGUGGGCAUGCUAAUCUGAACCCACCCCCCGAGUUCUGUUCUCAGGGUGACCCUCCUGUGCCUUUCCCCGCCCCAGACUCUGAUUCCUACUUCACGCCUCCCUCCACCCCCACCAAGACAGCCUCCACCCUGCUCCCUGGCCCCGGGCCCCACAGGGACGCCCAGGAUGCCCAGGCUGAGCUGGGGGAUUCGCCGCCAGCCUCGCCCACUGGCUCGUACAUCACGGCAGAUGGGGACAGCUGGGCCUCAUCCCCAUCCUGCUCCCUGAGCCUGCAGGCCCUGGCCGAAGGGCUGGAUGUGCCCUCCGGCUGGGGCUUCUCUCCAUCUGGAUCUGUGGUCGAUGAGAGGGAGCUGCCCCCUGCCGGGACCCCAGACAGCUCGUCCCCAGAGUCCAGCCUCUCAGCAGACAGCAGCUCUUCCUGGGGCCAGGAGGGCCACUUCUUCGAGCUGGACUUCUUGGCCAACGACCCGAUGAUCCCUGCUUACCUCCUGCCCUUCCAGGGCAGCCUGAUUUUCCAGGUGGAGGCAGUGGAGGUGACACCCCUGCCCCACGAGGAGGAGGAAGUGGAGGAGGAGGAGCAAGAAGAGGAGCAGGAGGUCCCCCUCCCCAGAGGGGACCUAGCCGGGGAGGGCGAGGAUGAUAGCACAUUCGCAUCCUCCCUGCAGUCACUGUCUGACCUGUCCAUCACUGAGGGCGUGGAUGAGGCCUUCGCCUUCCGGGAUGACACCUCGGCUGCCUCCUCUGACCCUGACUCGGCAUCCUACACGGGGGCUGAUGAUGAGAGGCUGUACAGCGGAGAGCCCCACGCACAGCCCGCCACAGUGCUCCAGGACAGCCCUGGGGAGGCUGCCUCCUGGGGCCCAGAGCUCAUUCUUGGGGUGUCCAAGGGAGAGGCUGGCCAGGCUGCCAAGGGUCAGGAACCCAUCUCCGAGAUAAUGAGGGUGGGUCCCGCUGCAGCCCAGGUGUCUUCUGCUAUGGCCCCUCACAUUCCACAGGAAUCUCUGGACCUCACUGGGGUGAGCCUUCAGGCCCAGGGAGAAGAGCCAGGCUCCACCAUGGGACCAGUACCUGUUGCCCCAAUCAUGUCUCAGCCCCUGCAGGAGGGAGAUACUGCUACGUUAGGCCCAGAGCCCUGGAUUUUGAAGGGAGAAGCAGACCUCAACUCUCUACAAACCCUGAAGAAAGACACAGGCCAGGGGUUUGCCGCUGCAACCAGCCCUGAACCCCAGCCAGAAGUGGAUCCAGCAGCAUUCCCACCCUUGGAGGAUGCAGGUAUCCCCUGGGUCCAGGAAUCUGCCUCCGAGACCAGCCCUGAGCCCCAGUUGGAAGAAGAGGAGCUGACAGCCUCCUCACACCUGCUCCCCUUGGUCCAGGGAUCUGCCUCUGAAGCUAGCCCUGAGCCCCAGUCAGAAGAAGAUCUGACAGCAUCCUUACCCCUGAAGGAUGAAGGUCUCCCCUUGGUCCAGGGAUCUGCCUCCAAGGCCAGCCCUGAGCCCCAAUCAGAAGAAGAUCAUCUAGCAGCAUCCUCACCCCUGCAGGAUGCAGGUCUCCCCUUGGUCCAGGGAUCUGCUUCUGAAGCUAGCCCAGAGCUCCAGUCAGAAGAAGAAAAUCUGACAGCAUCCUCAACCCUGCAGGAUGCAGGUCUCCCCUUGGUCCAGGGAUCUGCCUCUGAAGCUGGCCCGGAGUCCCAGUCAGAAGAAGAAGAUCUGACAGCAUCCUCAACCCCUCAGAAUGCAGGUCUCCCCUUGGUCCAGGAAUCUGCAUCUGAGGUCAGCCCUGAGCCCCAGUCGGAAGAAGAUCUAACAGCAUCCUUACCCCUGAAAGAUGAAAGUCUCCCCUUGGUCCAGGUAUCUCCCUCUGAGGCCAGCCUGGAGCCCCAGUCAGAAGAAGAUCUGACAGCAUCCUCAACCCCUCAGGAUGCAGGUCUCCCCUUGGUCCAGGAAUCUGCAUCUGAGGUCAGCCCUGAGCCCCAGUCAGAAGAAGAUCUAGCAGCAUCCUCACCCCUGCAGGAUGCAGGUCUCCCCUUGGUCCAGGGAUCUGCAUCUGAGGCCAGCCCUGAGCCCCAGUCAGAAGAAGAAGAUCUGACAGCAUCCUUACCCCUGAAGGAUGAAGGUCUCCCCUUGGUCCAGGGAUCUGCCUCUGAGGCCAGCCCGGAGCCCCAGUCAGAAGAAGAUCUAACAGCAUCCUCACCUUUGCAGGAUGCAGGUCUCCACUUGGUCCAGGGAUCUGCCUCCGAUGCCAGCCCUGAGCCCCACUCAGACGAGGACCUGACAGCCUCCGCACCCCUGCAGGACACAGGUCUCCCCUUGGUCCAGGGAUCUGUCUCUGAGGCCAGCCCUGAGCCCCAGUCAGAAGAAGAAGAUAUAACAGUAUCCUCACCCCUGCAGAAUGCAGGUCUCCCCUUGGUCCGGGGAUCUGCUUCCGAGGCCAGCCCUGAGCCCCAGUCAGAAGAUCUAAGAGCAUCCUUACACCUGCAGGAUGCUGGUCUCCGCUUGGUCCAGGGAUCUGUCUCUGAGGUCAUCCCUGAGCCCCAAUCAGAAGAAGAAGAUCUCACAGCCUCCCCACCCCUGCAGGAUGCAGUUCUCUUCUUUGUCCAAGGAUCUGCUUCUGAGGCCAGCCCUGACCACCAGUCAGAUCUGAAAGCAUCCCCGCCCCUGCAGGAUGCAGGACUUCCCUUGGUCCAUGGAUCUGCCUCUGAGGCCAGCCCUGAGCCCCAGUCAGAAGAAGAGGAGCUGACAGCAUCCUUACCCCUGCAGGACACAGGUCUCCACUUGGUCCAGGGAUCUGCCUCCAAGGCCAGCCCUGAGCUCCAGUCAGAAGAAGAAGUGACAGCAUCCUCACCCCUGCAGGACACAGGUCUCCACUUGGUCCAGGAAUCUGCCUCCAAGGCCAGCCCUGAGCCCCAGUCAGAAGAAGUAGAGCUGACAGCCUCCCCACCCCUGCAGGACACAGGUCUCCCCUUGGUCCAUGGAUCUGCCUCCGAGGCCAGCCCUGAGCUCCAGUCAGAAGAAGUGACAGCAUCCCCACCCCUGCAGGACACAGGUCUCCCCUUGGUCCAGGGAUCUGCCUCCGAUGCCAGCUCAGAGCCCCAGUCAGAAGAAGAGGAGCUGACAGCAUCUUCGCAUCUGCAGGACACAGGUCUCCCCUUGGUCCAGGGAUCUGUUUCCGAGGCCAGCCUUGAGCCCCAGUCAGAAGAGGAGCUAAAAGCCUCCCCACCCCUGCAGGAUACAGGUCUCCCCUUGGUCCAGGGAUCUGCAUCUGAGGUCAACCCUGAGCCCCAGUCAGAAGAAGACCUGACAGCCUCCCCACCCCUGCAGGAUGCAGGUCUCCCCUUGGUCCAGGGAUCUGCAUCUGAGGCCAGCUCAGAGCCCCAGUCAGAAGAAGAGGAGCUGACAGCCUCCCCAACUCUGCAGGACGCAGGUCUCCCCUUGGCCCAGGGAUCUGUUUCUGAGGCCAGCCCGGAGCCUCACUCAGAAGAGGAGCUGACAGCCUCCCCACCCCUGCAGGAUGCAGGUCUCCCCUUGGUCCAGGGAUCUGCAUCUGAGGCCAGCUCAGAGCCCCACUCAGAAGAGGAGCUGACAGCCUCCCCACCCCUGCAGGAUGCAGGUCUCCCCUUGGUCCAGGGAUCUGCAUCUGAGGCCAGCUCAGAGCCCCAGUCAGAAGAAGAGGAGCUGACAGCCUCCCCAACUCUGCAGGACGCAGGUCUCCCCUUGGCCCAGGGAUCUGUUUCUGAGGCCAGCCCGGAGCCUCACUCAGAAGAGGAGCUGACAGCCUCCCCACCCCUGCAGGAUGCAGGUCUCCCCUUGGUCCAGGGAUCUGCAUCUGAGGCCAGCUCAGAGCCCCACUCAGAAGAGGAGCUGACAGCCUCCCCACCCCUGCAGGAUGCAGGUCUCCCCUUGGUCCAGGGAUCUGCCUCCGAGGCCAGCUCAGAGCCCCAGUCAGAAGAAGAGGAGCUGACAGCCUCCCCACCCCUGCAGGACGCAGGUCUCCCCUUGGUCCAGGGAUCUGCCUCCGAGGCCAGCUCAGAGCCCCAGUCAGAAGAAGAGGAGCUGACAGCCUCCCCAACUCUGCAGGACGCAGGUCUCCCCUUGGUCCAGGGAUCUGCCUCUGAGGCCAGCUCAGAGCCCCAAUCAGAAGAGGAGCUGACAGCUUCCCCACCCCUGCAGGAUGCAGGUCUCCCCUUGGUCCAGGGAUCUGCAUCUGAGGCCAGCUCAGAGCCCCAGUCAGAAGAAGAGGAGCUGACAGCCUCCCCAACUCUGCAGGACGCAGGUCUCCCCUUGGUCCAGGGAUCUGCCUCUGAGGCCAGCUCAGAGCCCCAAUCAGAAGAGGAGCUGACAGCCUCCCCACCCCUGCAGGAUGCAGGUCUCCCCUUGGUCCAGGGAUCUGCCUCCGAGGCCAGCUCAGAGCCCCAGUCAGAAGAAGAGGAGCUGACAGCCUCCCCAACUCUGCAGGACGCAGGUCUCCCCUUGGUCCAGGGAUCUGCCUCUGAGGCAAGCUCAGAGCCCCAAUCAGAAGAGGAGCUGACAGCCUCCCCACCCCUGCAGGAUGCAGGUCUCCCCUUGGUCCAGGGAUCUGCCUCCGAGGCCAGCCCUGAGCUCCAGUCAGAAGAAGUGACAGCCUCCCCACCCCUGCAGGUUGCAGGUCUCCCCUUGAUCCAGGGAUAUGCCUCCGAUGCCAGCUCAGAGCUCCAGUCAGAAGAGGAGCUGACAGCAUCUUCACAUCUGCAGGACGCAGGUCUCCCCUUGGUCCAGGGAUCUGCCUCCGAGGCCAGCCCUGAAUCCCAGUCAGAAGAAGAUCUCACAGCCUCACCACCCCUGCAGGACACAGGUCUCCCCUUGGUCCAGGGAUCAGCCUUCGGGGCCAGCCCGGAGCCCCAGUCAGAAGAAGACCUGACAGCCUCUCCACCCCUGCAGGACGCAAGUCUUCCCUUCGUCCAGGGAUCAGCCUCCGAGGCCAGCUCAGAGCCCCAAUCAGAAGAGGAGCUGAUAGCAUUGCCAACUCUGCAGGACGCAGGUCUCCCCUUGGUCCAGGGAUCUGCCUCUGAGGCCAGCCCUGAGCCCCAGUCAGAAGAUCUCACAGCCUCACCACCGCUGCAGGUUGCAGGUCUCCCCUUGGUCCAGGGAUCAGCCUCCGAGACCAGCCCAGAGCCCCACUCAGAAGAGGAGCUGACAGCCUCCCCACCCCUGCAGGAUGCAGGUCUCCCCUUGGUCCAGGGAUCUGCCUCCGAGACCAGCCCAGAGCCCCACUCAGAAGAGGAGCUGACAGCCUCCCCACCCCUGCAAGAUGCAGGUCUCCCCUUGGUCCAGGGAUCAGCCUCCGAGACCAGCCUGGAGCCCCACUCAGAAGAGGAGGAGCUGAUAGCCUUCCCGCCCCUGCAGGAUGCAGGUCUCCCCUCCAGUCAAGUAUCUGCCACCAGUGGCAGCCUUCAAGCCCUGAUGACUGACACAGGCUGUACCCAAGAGACAGAGCCCACAGCCACUGCAGGCCAUAGGAAAGGAAGAAAGACCCUGGGACUGAGGCCAGCGCCUGAGGAAAGAGACCCAGACCACACUGGAGGAUCAGACUCUCUGGCCUUGGAUCAGAUAUAUCUGGGUGGCCCAGACCUACCUGCAGAUGCUCGGACACCCUUGGAGGGAGAUGCAGGCCCCUCCAAGCCUGCCACAGAGAUCCCAGACACACCUGAGCCUUUCACAGCCGCCCAAGGUCCCCCAAAGCCUGACUCCAGUGGGGAGGAAGUAGCCAAGGGCAUUUUGGCACCUGAGCAGGAAGCCUGUCAUGAUAUCUGUGCACAUGGGGGUGAUGGAGCUGAGUCCAGCUCACCCCCAAAGGAGGCUCUGGGGGCUGAGCACCAGGGGCGUGAGGCCCUAAAGCCAGUGGUUCAUGGCCCAGGGGUGUGUCCUACUGCCAGCCUGGAGGUUGGCCAGUUGGGGCCCCCAAGCCCAGUGGAGGAGGGAAGGGCCACUCUUGGGCACAGGCUUCCCAUGGCUGUGGGCUCAGAGGCUGGGCUGGGCUCCUGCUCAGAGUCUCCUUCAAGAGCUCUGCCCAAGCUGGGAGGGCACUGUGCCAAAGAUCCUGCCCCAACAUCUCCACUGCCCUUGAGGCAGCCAAAGCCUGUGCUGGGCCCGGGCAAGGGAGAGCAGGCCCAGGCAGCACUUGGAGUCCUUGGCCCCUCCCCACUGCAGCCUCCAGAAAGCCCCAGAGGGGGCCUGCCCAGUGUACCCCAAGACAGGAUCCUGGGCCCUGAGCCCCCUGCUCCUGGUGUCAUGGAGGCAGUCCCAACCCCCCUGGCAUCGCCUUCCCCCUGCCCUUGCCGGGGCCCCCGGGAAGACUUGGUGGAGGGCGCAGAGCCCCUGGGUUCUCCGAGCCACCCACCACCUCGGCCAAGAGCCCAGCGGGCGGUGGCUGCCUCCUCAGGGAUCACAAACCCCCCUGGGGCUGGGCAGGUCAGCCUCCCACCCCACCCCACCCUCCUCAGCCCCAAGGCAGCCCCCAAGAGGGGUACCCAUGCCAAAGACCCAGCCUCGAGGCUCUCGCCCCCUCGCCAAGUGCCUCCUGGCUCUGGGCCCCGGAGCCCAGCCGGCCCUCGAGGGCUCCCAGCCACCGAGCAGCAGGAUGAUGGCGACAGUUUGGAGGAAGACUCGCCCCGCGCUCUGGGCUCUGGCCAGCACUCGGACAGCCACGGGGAGUCAUCAGCUGAGCUGGAGGAGCAGGACCUCCCAGGACCACAGACUGCACAGUGCCCAGCCCAGGCACCAGCCGGCAGCGGGAGCGAGGAGACAGUCGCCAAAGCCAAGCAGAGUCGCAGUGAGAAGAAGGCCCGAAAGGCGAUGUCCAAGCUGGGCUUACGACAGAUCCAGGGGGUCACCAGGAUCACCAUCCAGAAGUCCAAGAACAUCCUCUUUGUCAUUGCCAAACCCGAUGUCUUUAAGAGCCCAGCCUCAGACACCUACGUGGUCUUCGGCGAGGCCAAGAUUGAGGACCUGUCGCAGCAGGUGCACAGAGCUGCGGCUGAGAAGUUCAAAGUGCCCUCGGAGCCCUCCGCCCUGGUGCCCGAGUCAGCACCUGGGCCGAGGGUGAGACCCGAGUGCGAGGAGGAGGAGGAGGAGGAAGACGAGGAGGAGGUGGAUGAGGCAGGACUGGAGCUGCGGGACAUCGAGCUGGUGAUGGCACAGGCCAAUGUGUCAAGGGCCAAGGCUGUGCGGGCCCUGAGGGACAACCAGAGUGACAUCGUCAACGCCAUCAUGGAGCUGACAAUGUAGUUGCUGACCAGACCCGGCUCCACCCCUGCCCCCUAGCUCUGCUGUUCAAUAAAGUGGUGUCCCUUCA